UAUAACAGUCGACCUAUUUGCUUUCCUUCAAAUUAUAUCCUCAUCAAACAAACAAAAACAUUUUGACUAAAAUAGAAAAUGAAGAUCAGGGGUUUAAUAUUGGCUUCUUCUCUCCUGAUUCUUGCAUUCAUUCAUCACUCGGAAUCAGCUUCAACGCGGAGUUUUCUGAUGAAGAAUGGAUCCUACGAAGACGGAGAAGUACAAAAUCUAAAGUUCAACUCCGCGGAGAUGAUCACUAACGCUACAGCUGUGGAGUCAAAACGGAUAAUUCCCACGGGUCCAAAUCCACUUCACAACAGGUAACUUUGAUCAUUAAUUCAAGAACAAGAUAUGUUUAUGUGCAUGUAUCUUGUUGUUCUUUUUUUUUUGUUAUAACCUAUUAUCUUAUUGUCUAAUGUAAUGAUGAAGAUAUGAGACAUUUUAUAAUUAAUGUUAAUUACUCGAUAUU